AUGGAGGCGGACGGGAGCCAAGCCACAUCUGGGAGUCCUAACGAUUCACAACACGACCCAGGUAAAAUGUUCAUCGGUGGCCUCAGCUGGCAAACUUCACCAGACAGCCUUAGAGACUAUUUUAGUAAAUUCGGAGAAAUCAGAGAAUGUAUGGUGAUGAGGGAUCCCACGACCAAACGCUCCAGGGGAUUUGGGUUCGUUACGUUUGCGGAUGCGGCCAGUGUAGAUAAAGUCUUAGGUCAACCUCACCACGAAUUAGACUCAAAGACGAUUGACCCUAAAGUUGCCUUCCCCAGACGUGCUCAACCCAAGAUGGUCACAAGAACAAAGAAAAUAUUUGUAGGCGGAUUAUCAGCUAACACAGUAGUUGAAGAUGUGAAGCAGUAUUUCGAACAGUUUGGCAAGGUAGAGGAUGCCAUGCUUAUGUUUGAUAAAACCACAAAUAGGCAUAGAGGAUUUGGCUUUGUAACUUUCGAGAAUGAGGAUGUGGUGGAGAAAGUCUGUGAGAUUCAUUUUCACGAAAUCAAUAAUAAAAUGGUAGAAUGUAAGAAGGCCCAACCCAAGGAGGUGAUGUUUCCUCCGGGGACGCGAGGGCGAGCCAGGGGUUUGCCCUACACCAUGGACGCCUUCAUGCUAGGAAUGGGCAUGCUGAGUUACCCAAACAUCGUAGCGACGUAUGGCCGAGGAUACACUGGCUUCGCCCCGAGCUACAGCUACCAAUUCCCUGGUUUUCCUGCGACGGCAUACGGUCCUGUGGCAGCAGCGGCGGCAGUGGCAGCAGCGCGUGGCUCAGGUAGGGCGGCCCGUGGAAGAGGCGGCUACGCAGCAUACCCGCACAGCACAGGGCCAGGUUGACAUCCGACAGGGUCACAGUGUGUUUUAUGGCAGGGCAGAGUGAGGAGUGAGUCAGUGUGGUAGAAGUGGACUGGUCAGGCUGUGAUAGUGGACUGCCUCUGCUCCUGUCUGAAGCUGAUGGGCCGGGCGCGCUCCGUCUGCUGAGUGACGAAGUCUCUCUCCACGGCUGCAGUGUGACAGAAGCGGGGAAGCCAUUGAGACAGAGUGCUGACAUUUAACGAUGACCUUUUCGUGGGACUUCAUCAUCUAUUACCCAGCUGAUCUAAGCGCCAAGAUGAAUUUAUACACCCCUGCUGUGCAUACAUUUACUGCUAGGUGGAGGGUGAGAUGCGUUUGUGUGGGCUGUGUGUUAAAAGCCAGUCACUCAGCACCAGCACUAACUUAGCUGCAAAGCACACUGUGGAUGACUCCAGCUGAGACUAAAGUGGUCGUUGUGUUGCUUUGGGCUGCUAAGGCUUAAAGUUGAGCUUUCACCACACUUAUGAAAGCUGGCUUUCAGUUCCCUGCAAAUAUCAGAUCAAAUUCCUCACAAAUUAACUGGUGCAAGCUUUGCUAGUUCUUUCCUACAGCGGCAAAGUACACAGUGUAACACUACUGUAUUUGAAAAAACUACACUCUAAGUUGUAACUAGUAAAUCCUAAACCUACCGUUUAAGAACAAAUUUGCCUAAUGGUCAACAAUCUGUAAUGAAAUGUAAAGUAAGAUUUACAAUGACAAAUUCAAAGAAAUAGGGGCUCCUUAAUGGUACAAGUAUUGGCCUAAUCAUCAGGAGACAUAUGUUAGCUAAUGAGACAGAAUUUACAGUUGGUGUUAGUGUCCGAACAUCUUGAGAUGCCCAAUGGCAUUGCAUCAGUAGCAGCUUGAAAAACUGGAGGAAGCAUAUGCAAGCCUUCACCCUCCCUUCCUGGUAGCACUGUGUGCCUGGGACGUCCUACACUCUCAGAAUUAAAGGUAGUAACUGUCACUGUGGCAGUACCCUUCUUCCCUUCAGGAUACAUCUCAGUACCUUUAGUCAGGGAACAUAAUUGUACCAUAAUCCAUUGAAAUUAUGUAUUUAGUUGUAUUGAUUCCAAACACUCCGUCUCAUCUCCAGGCUUUUUAUUUUAUUUUAUGUUUCUGUUUAAAACAUUAGGUAAUGCAA